AUGUUGACCAUCAACGUGCCCAACCUCCCCUCAUCAACCAAGUUCGACCUCACCUCCACCGGCUUCACCUUCAACGCCUCGGUCGGCGACGAAUCCAAAAACAUCCCAAACAAGACCUACUCCUUCUCGCUCGACUUUUUCGACGAGAUCGACGUCGAAUCCUCCAAAACCCACCUCAACUCCAAGUGCCUCUACGCCGUCCUCCGCAAGAAGACGCCCAAGGAGGAGUACUGGCCCAGGUUGACAAAGGACAAGGUCAGGCUGCACAACGUCAAGACCGAUUUCGACAAGUGGGUCGACGAGGACGAGCAGGACGAUGCCGAGGAGGAUCUCAGCGGCGGAAUGGGCGGUAUGGGUGGUAUGGGUGGAAUGGGCGGUAUGGACCCGGCGAUGAUGGGGAUGGGCGGUGCGGGAGGGUUGGAUCUGCAGAGCAUGAUGGCUCAGAUGGGCGGAGGAGGUAUGGGAGGCAUGCCCGGUAUGGGUGGAAUGCCCGACUUUGGCGCCGAGGACGACGACGAUGAGGAUGAUGGCGAUGUCGAGGACGCUCCGGCUGCCGAGGUGGCUUCGGACGAGGCAAAAAGUGUACUUACCAACGCUAACAAUCGGAUGUCUAUACGGCAUCAACCCAACGCUAUAAUUGAACAACCCCCUGCCAUGGAAGAACGGCAGUGUAAAUCCAAACAGCGCCUGGAACUUCUUCUGCACCCAAUAGAUCCUCGUACCCUCUUCAUUGCUCAGCUGCUCGUAAACGUCGUUCUCUCCAAACGAAAACACCGGCACCAGAUCCGCCCCGUUUCGUAUCGCGAUCUUGAUGAAACCCAACCUUCUCUUCAACGUCAAAUCCGCCGUUCCCGGAUGAGCCGCUAA